CAACCCCCACACGUCCUGGUUACUAAUCAAGAAGAAUAGUUCCUUUGAUGCCAUUUUUAUUAUUAUUGUAAUCUUUGGGGUUUGUAAUGGCUUUUAUUUUAACUUUUUUUCUACACUUUAGAUUUAUUUUUGUGUUAGAAUAGUUCAGCAUUUUUCUUUGAAAAAUCUGUGCAGAUCCUAAACUUUCCGUCUCUUUGGGGAUUAGCCAGCUGCUCAGUCCAGAGAGGAGGGGCUCAGCAUUCCUGUCCUGCACCUCUGUGUCUGUGUGCUGAGGGGCCCUCUGAGCUAAUUGGUGCAGAGUCACAAAGAUGGUUUGCUUCAAAAGAGAAACCCUGAUGGGAUGUUCACACUGGAGAGGAGGAUACUACUUUAUAUUCUGCAUUGAGAUGUUACCAGUGGGUCAUAGUUUCUAGUUUUGAUGAUUUGAUAUAAACAUGGAUGGAAUGUUUUGGAAGCAGCAGCAGAACUGAACUUUGGAUGACAAUGAGCUACAUGCAGUUGGAGACAGAUAUCAUGACGUACCUGUCGCAGAGUCAAUCGGAUGACGGACUCAAAGAUUUUAAUGUGGUGGGUAUUCUGCAUAACUUCUGGGAACAGAAGCAAACAGCUCAGUCAGAUGAUUCCACAGCCGAGUUGGAAAAGAUUUGUGGGAAAUCUGGCAGCCUAACAGAUAGUCUGCUGUUAUACGAGUCGGCACCUUCCGCUGGUCCCCCUUAUGUCUGCUAUGUCACAUUGCCUGGAGGAAGCUGCUUUGGCAACUAUAAGGUGUGUGACACUCAGGCAGAGGCACGCAGGGAUGCAGCCCGUGUGGCUCUGAUGAACUCAAUGGUGAAUGAGCUGCCGUGUCGCUGCAUCACGGCUGAGUUCAUCACUCACAGUCUGAACCAAGCUGCCACAGAAAGCUCAGUUCCUAUGGAGGAUGCAUGUGACUCAAGCACCAGCUUAGGAACCUACAGUGUGCUGCUUCAGUCCUACAUGGGACGGACCAUGCUGGAGUUUCAGGAGAUGAUGACAGUUUUCCAGCUGUUGCACUGGAAUGGGACACUGAAGGCUCUGAAGGAGAAGAAGUUUUCCCGGCAGAGUGUGAUUACGUACUACUCCCAGCGAGGGUUGGAUGAGUCCAUGCGGAGCAGCAUGGCUCUGGAUUGGCUGGGAAAGGAGCAGAAAGCUCCUGGGUUGCUGGCAAUGGAGCUGCAAGUGGCGCAGAGGGAGCUAGUGUUGGCACGACGCCGAGGCAUAGAGCUGCGCUUUUACAAAGAAAAAACAGAGAUCCUCAGCUUAGCCCUGAGUCAAGCAUAUAUUCACCACACACCCGAACUCUUCAGCCCAUAUCUAGGCCAACAGGAACAACUCCCUUUACACAUUUUAUACAGGCGGGAUACAGAUGUUCAGACACCCCUGCAAACUUCUACCUCAGACAUGCCCUCCAACAGUCCCUCACUAUAUUCACAGUGCAUGUUCAUGCCUUUAAAUAACCCUGAAUAAAAGGGAUUAAAAAAGCACAGAGCAUGAAUUAGUGAUGCCGUGUCAGUGGCACCGGAGUUUGUGAUACAUGCUAGUGCGUGCUAUGUUUCUAGUUCCUUUAUUACUGAUUUAAGCACUCAUUAAGAAGCUGAGAUUUUAAACAUACAUCAUUAACAGUAGAAAACCACUCAAUGUUCAAAAUCCAUAUAUGAUACCAUAAAACCUAACUGACAUGUGCAGCUUUAAAAAUAAAAGCAGUUUCCAUUAAUCUGAAAUAAAUUUUAGGAGAUGUAGCAUCAAUUAUACUCUAACCUAAAGGCAUGCUGGUUCUUCUGCAUUUCCAUUGAGCAUUGACUCUGUUGCCAUGUGUUUAUUUCUAUUUUAUAACACAGUUUUACCUGUAACUUAUAAAAGUUUUGUU